AUGUCUUCUGCCGUCACUUCCCGUCUGCCCGGCUGCGCCCUCACGGCCGCUCGUGCUGCCUCGGCGUCGUCGAUUGGCUCCAUUCAGCGGAUUCGGAAUCGCAAAAACAUUGUUUGGAGCGGCGGCGAACGGAAAACAAAUCGUCGACGGUCUGCGUGGGGACAUGAAUUGGCCGUUUUCGACAAUCCCCGCAGGGCCGUUUGA